AUGAGUUUCAGCUUAGAACAGGUUGUUGGUUUCAAGAUUAAAGUAACAAAUGUGUUGGAUAACGUGACGCAUGGUAAAAUAUACGCCUAUGACUCUGUAAAUAACACAUUAACCCUGGUUAGCAAUAAGCGAAACCAAAAUCCGACUUUUGAUAUCAUUAAGACCUCAUUCAUUAAGCAAAUAGAAGUUUGUGGAGAUCGUCCUGCUAGCCUUGGUUUUAAGAGAGAUGCUAUUAAACCAACUCAUGUAAACAUUAAAAGGGUUACAGAUACUUUAAAAGAUAAGAUAGCAGAAGCUAGGAAGAAGGAAGAAUUAAUAGGUAAGGGAACAACUCCUGAAGGUCAGCUGGUUUUCGAUAGUGUACAUAAGACUGUAUCGGACACCAGAUGGCAGGGUAAAUCGAUUAUUGUGUUAGAUGAGCUUGAAAUAACGCCUCCUUAUACGUUGGCAGACAUUAAAAGUAUAAAUAAUAAGGAAGCUCAUUCAAAAGGACUGGUUUCGAUGAUUGUGGACAAUACGUGGAAGAAGAUAGAGGCUCAGAAGAAAGGUGGCUGA